AUGGAAGUUAAAUAUCGUUUAAUGAAUCAAGAAGAUUGGAAAUCCAUAAAAGAAAUGGUAUGUCAAGCAUGGGAAACCGAUAAAUAUCUUCCUGAAUAUCUUGUAUAUAUUUAUUGUGAAGAAUAUUGUUCAUAUUGUUAUUUACAUUCUAAUUAUUGUAUAGUUGCUGAAGUAAAUGAGAAAGUAAUAGGAUUUUUAAUGGGAAGGGAUCAAUCCAUAUUUAAAAAAAAUAAUAUUUUGGAACAAAAAGUUAAAGAAUUAAAGAAACAACUUCAUUGUUAUCUAGAAAGCUCUAUUCUUAUUAAUUCAAUUGAAAAAUAUUAUGAAGAAGCAGAAAAAAUAAACCAAAAAUCAAAUAAAUCAAUUCAAAAUGAAGUUGUAUUAUUUAUUGUAAAUAAAGAAUAUCGUAAAAAAGGAAUUGGGAAACAAUUAUUAAAUGAAUUUAUUAAUAUUCUUCAAAAAACAAACCAACAUGAUUUUUAUUUAAUAACAGAUACAUCAUGUAAUUAUCAUUUAUAUGACCAUUUAAAUUAUAUUCAAAUAAAUUCAAUUUUUUACCCAUUUAAAUUAUCUAAUUGUGUAUUAAAUAUAACUAUUUUCAUCUACAUACACCAUUUCUAA